AUGAUUUCACUGAGUUACUGCGGCGUUGGCACGGCGGCCCGGUGUCCGCGGCCGAGUGCGAGGCGAAGGAUUUCCUCUGGCCUCACAUCCUUCUUCCUCUCUGCCUCUGAGGAGUUCCCCUGCUUCACACUCACACCUCCUCUCGCUCCAGUCCCCGCCUCAGCCAAUCACCACCCUGCAGACCUCAUUCUCUCGCUUUCCUCGCUCCUUUCUGCAGCACUGAACGAGCCACAGCCACUGGGGGUCAUCGUUCCUCAUGGCUCUUGGGCUCCACGGCCUGGGUUUAAACUCUCCUCUCAGUAUGCUUCAGGUAUCACCUCCAAAGGAAAGUGA